CGUUAAUAGUUUACGUUAACAGAAACAUUCCACGAAAAAUAAUUGAUAUUGCGGUGUUUUUGCCGCCAUUUCAAACACAGUGGGAUCCGGUCGUCCUUCAUGUUCUUUGCCGCCAACUGCAUGUGAUGUCAAGACCACCAAAUUGUGCUGCCUGCUCAAGUACCCCGAGUGCCACUGCACAUGUGCUCCGUUUGCCACAAACUGCUCACUCUUGUGGGGAGAUAAGUGUAAGCCACCCCUUCUCCUAGACUGCGAGAAGGCAGCUGGACAGCGAAUUUGCCGAUGUGUCCAAGGACCACAACUUCAACGCCUACCACCAAGCAGUAGUUCCGGAGGCCAAACAGGAACAGGAAUCGCACAGGGAGGAAUGAAUCGUCGCUCAUGUUCCUUGCCUUCAACUCCAUGCGACGUGAGGGCCACAAAGAUGUGCUGCUUGCUGAACUACCCUGAAUGCCGCUGCAAAUGUGUGCCGCAUCAGAUCAGCUGCUCAGUCACGUGGGGAGAUCAGUGUAAGGCGCCUCAGGUAAUAAGUUGCGACAAGAACCCUGCCCAACGAAUAUGUCGCUGUGUUCAAGGACCACAACUGCAAAGCCUGCCACCAAGUGCGACUUCCAGUGGGCCAACAGGAACAGGAAAGGCACAGGCAGGUCCUGUUCAACGCUCAUGUUCCUCGCCGUCGACUCCAUGCAACGUCACCACCAGCAAGGUGUGCUGCUUUAUGACGUACCCUCAAUGCCAGUGCAAGUGUGUGCUGCACCAAAUGAGCUGCUCAGACCCGUGGAAAGCGCUGUGUAAACCACCACAUUUUGUCCAAUGCGAGAAUAAAGCUGGUCAAAGAAUGUGUCGUUGCGCAUUGUUGACCACCGGAUGACUGGAUGGCAGGCAAAGUUAUUGUGCGCAAGACUGCGACUGCGUACAAUAAUUGGCAAUAAACAUUUUUAUUACAAAUCA